CCUUAUUUUAUCUUCUCUUUGUGCUCUCUAUCCAAUCUUCCCCUUCCUCAUUUCAGGGUCUGCUUAAACCCUACUCUCUCCACUGCUCCAAACCCUAGAUUCUGAAGGAGGUAUGAACCCUUCUCUUCUCACAGCUCCUCCUCCUUCUCAACACUCCUCUUCCUUUCUCAAUCCCACACCUUUCCGCUUCUCAACAACCUCCCUCACAAGACAACGUCGUUAUCGAAUCUCACUCAUUCGGAGCUCAUCCACCCCUCCCGACCCUCUCACCUCGUCACCCCCCUCCGUCACAUCCGAUGUCUUCGGCGGCCGGAGGGAGCUCUCGGGGAUUCAGCCUCUGGUCGACAGCUUGUCGCCGCCUCUCAGGCUAGUUAGCUCCGCUCUCAUUGUAGCUGGCGCAAUCGCCGCCGGGUACGGCCUGGGGUUUCGGUUCGGGAAAUCUCGGAACACCGCAUUGGGCGGUGCUGUGGCUUUUGGAGCGGCCGGUGGUGCGGCUGCGUAUGCGUUGAACGCUUGCGUUCCGGAGGUUGCCGCGGUGAAUUUGCAUAAUUACGUCGCCGGAUGUGAUGACCCUGGGGCUGUGAAGAAGGAAGAUAUUGAAGAAAUUGCGAAUAAGUAUGGUGUUAGUAAACAGGAUGAAGCAUUUAAUGCAGAGCUUUGUGACUUGUAUUGCCGGUUUGUAACUUCUGUCCUUCCUCCUGGGAGUGAAGAUCUCAAAGGUGAUGAAGUUGACACAAUUAUCAAAUUUAAAAGUUCUCUUGGAAUUGAUGAUCCAGACGCAGCAGCCAUGCAUAUGGAGAUUGGUAGGCGAAUUUUCAGGCAAAGGCUUGAAACUGGGGAUCGUGAUGGUGACAUAGAGCAGCGUCGGGCAUUUCAGAAGCUGGUUUAUGUCUCAACUCUUGUGUUUGGUGAAGCAUCAAAAUUCCUUUUACCUUGGAAACGUGUUUUCAGGGUUACUGAUUCUCAGGUUGAGGUUGCUGUCCGGGAUAAUGCACAGCGGUUGUAUGCCUUCAAGCUAAAAUCAGUUGGCAGAGAUGUUGAUGUGAAUCAGCUUGUUAGCCUUAGAGAGGCGCAACUUUCUUGUCUGCUUUCCGAUGAGCUUGCUGAGGAUAUGUUUAAGGAGCAUACAAGAAAACUGGUUGAGGAAAACAUUUCAACAGCGCUAAGUAUAUUAAAGUCUAGGACGAGAGCAGUCAGGGGAGCUACACAAGUUGUGGAAGAGCUUAAUAAAGCACUGGCAUUUAAUAAUUUGCUAAUCUCAUUGAAGAAUCAUCCAGAUGCGGGCCGCUUUGCUUGUGGGGUCGGGCCAAUUUCUUUGAUGGGUGGUGAGUAUGAUGGUGACAGAAAGAUGGAUGAUUUGAAGCUCCUAUAUAGAGCAUAUGUUGCUGAUUCUUUAUCAAGUGGUCGUAUGGAGGAAAAUAAGCUUGCUGCAUUGAAUCAAUUGAAGAAUAUAUUUGGUUUAGGUAAACGAGAAACAGAAGGCAUUAUGCUUGAUGUUACCUCAAAGGCAUAUCGUAAGCGACUUGCACAGUCUGUGUCUGGUGGUGAUUUAGAAGCUGCAGAUAGCAAAGCUGCCUUCCUCCAAAAUCUUUGUGAUGAGUUGCACUUUGAUCCAAAGAAGGCCAGUGAGAUCCAUGAAGAAAUUUAUCGGCAAAAGCUCCAGCAAUGUGUAGCUGAUGGAGAGCUGAAUGAGGAGGAUGUUGCCAUUUUGUUGCGGUUACGAGUCAUGCUCUGUGUUCCUCAGCAAACUGUUGAAGCAGCUCAUGCUGAUAUUUGUGGCAGCUUGUUUGAAAAGGUUGUGAAGGAUGCAAUUGCUUCUGGUAUUGAUGGAUAUGAUGAUGAUGUUAAGAAAUCUGUGAGAAAAGCUGCUCAUGGCUUACGCUUAACAAGGGAGGCUGCCAUGUCUAUUGCUAGUACAGCAGUCCGGAAAAUUUUCAUUAACUAUGUAAAACGAUCACGAGCUGCUGGGAACCGUAUUGAAGCCGCCAAAGAACUUAAGAAGAUGAUAGCAUUCAACUCCUUGGUUGUGACUGAAUUAGUAGCAGAUAUAAAAGGAGAAUCAUCUGAUGCUGCAUCUGAAGAGCCUAUUAAGGAGGAAGAGGUACAAAUCGAAGAGGAUGAUGACUGGGAUUCCCUUGAGACACUCAGAAAAAUAAAACCCAGAGAGAAACUUACUGCAAAGUUGGGGAGACGAGGAGGGCAAACAGAGAUAACUCUUAAAGAUGACCUCCCAGAAAGAGAAAGGACUGACCUUUAUAAGACAUACUUACUGUUCUGUCUGACUGGGGAAGUGACCAAGAUUCCGUUUGGGGCACAAAUCACCACAAAGAAAGAUGAUUCAGAGUAUCUUCUGCUGAACCAGCUUGGUGGAAUCCUAGGUUUGACUGAUAAGGAGAUUGUGGAAGUUCAUCGGAGCUUAGCAGAGCAGGCUUUCAGACAACAAGCUGAGGUGAUUUUAGCUGAUGGGCAAUUGACCAAAGCUAGGAUCGAGCAGCUCAAUGAGGUGCAGAAGCAAGUUGGACUGCCACCACAGUAUGCACAAAAGGUUAUAAAGAAUAUCACAACUACAAAAAUGGCAGCUGCCAUUGAAACUGCUGUCAGUCAGGGAAGGCUCAACAUAAAGCAGAUACGAGAACUCAAGGAAGCAAGUGUUGAUUUAGAUAGCAUGUUAUCUGAGAGCUUACGAGAGAACGUCUUCAAAAAAACUGUUGAUGAAAUGUUCUCAUCAGGCACCGGAGAAUUUGAUGGGGAGGAAGUCUAUGAGAAGAUCCCUUUAGAUCUCAACAUUAAUGCUGAAAAGGCAAAAGGGGUUGUUCAUGAGCUUGCACGAACUAGGUUAUCAAACUCCCUGAUUCAGGCUGUGUCCUUGCUCAGGCAGAGAAACAGUUCAGGGGUGGUCUCUUCGGGACUGUCCUCUACUUUCUAUUCAGCCACAUGCCCUAAAGCCCUCUCCACCAUUAGAACUGCAGUCAAUACUGCAGUGGCCAACGAAAACCGCAUGGGGGCUUCUUUGCUUCGUCUCCAUUUCCACGAUUGCUUUAUUAAUGGAUGCGAUGGAUCAAUUUUAUUAGACGACACAGCAAAUUUUACAGGAGAGAAGACAGCAGGGCCAAACGCAGACUCGGUGAGGGGGUUUGAGGUGAUAGACGAUAUCAAAUCUCGAGUGGAGAGUGUUUGCCCUGGAGUUGUUUCUUGUGCUGACAUCCUUGCUGUUGCUGCUCGAGAUUCUGUUGUUGCUUUGGGAGGACCUACAUGGACAGUUCAGCUAGGAAGAAGAGACUCCACCACAGCCAGUAUCAGUGACGCCGAGACCGACAUCCCAUCUCCGGCACUGGAUCUUGAUGACCUCAUAUCUGCAUUUUCCGAUAAAGGAUUCAGUGCCGAAGAGAUGGUGGCUCUCUCUGGAUCUCACACUAUAGGCCAAUCCAGGUGCCUGGUGUUCAGGGACAGGAUAUACAAUGACGACAACAUCGAUUCUUCUUUUGCAGAAUCAUUGAAAUCCAACUGUCCAGACACAGAUGGUGAUGACAACCUAUCUGCUCUUGAUGAUACAAGCCCAGUUAUUUUCGAUAAUGGUUAUUUCAAGAAUCUGGUGGACAACAAGGGCCUACUCCAUUCAGACCAAGCGCUCUUCAAUGAUGGUUCGACGGAUUCUCAGGUCUCAUCUUAUGCCUCCAGCGCUACUAGCUUCUAUAAGGAUUUCGCAGCUGCCAUGGUGAAAAUGGGUAAUAUUAGCCCGCUUACAGGAACUAAAGGCCAGAUUCGUGUGAAUUGCAGGAAGAUAAACUGAGCCAUGGCCCUCUGUGAUAUCUAUUUCAGCAACCCUGCAAGUUUAGUUUACGUUUUCUGUAUGCUCUCAUUGAUAAUAAUUGGCUAAACAUGCCAUGUUUGUGUGUAAAACAAGUACUAAUAUAUGGACAAGUGGUUUUCUCA